GCUCUCCCCACUACUGUCUUAUCUUUAACACCCUGCGCCCUUUCUUUAUUCUUUAUUCUUUCCUCCCCUCCUGGCGUUCCGCUCUUUCCUCAACCUUCCGUAUGGGGUCGUACCUAACAAAGUGGAUCUAUAGCUCGGGUUUGCGCAUUGUUCCUUGACGUCAAGCUCUUCUUUGGCGCCUAACCACCCCUAGCGUAAAAGUACUCCCAACGACCAUUCUGUCUCCUGUUUUCUUAACCCACGCGACUUAAAAUUCCGAAAUAUACCCAUGGCAUCCAACAAAGCUCGGCGUAUCGCAAAGGAAAUCGCCGAUAUCCAGGCAGAUACGCAGUCAGGAAUCACGGUGGAACCAGUGGAUGGCGAUGAGGACAUCACACAUCUUCGGGGGACAUUCCCAGGGCCUCCAGGUACUCCAUACGAAGGUGGUACCUACGCCGUGGAUAUAAAGAUACCAGCUGAGUAUCCUUUCCGGCCGCCAGUAAUGAAGUUUUAUACCAAGGUCUGGCAUCCGAAUAUCAGCAGUCAAACGGGAGCUAUCUGCCUUGAUACUCUGUCAACAGCGUGGUCCCCGGUCCUCACCAUCAAGUCCGCUCUUUUGUCGCUACAAUCUUUACUUAGCACGCCAGAACCCAAGGACCCUCAAGACGCUGAGGUCGCGACUAUGCUCCUACGGAAACCAAAGGAGUUCGAGAGGGUUGCCCAAAGCUGGGCUACUCUGUAUGCUGGAGCUCCCCCUAAGAAUGCGGGAGAGGGCAGCGGAGGUGCAACUGAAGAAUCGCUGCGACAACAAGAGUUGAGGUCAAAGGAAGAACAGGAGAAAGAAGAUUUAGCUAAGUACGAUGGAUACAAUAAAGACCUGAUCGACCGCUUUUGCAGCAUGGGCUUCGAUGUGGACCGCGUAGUGGCCGCUUUCAAGUACUACGGUAUUGACCGAAUGAACGGAGAAGACUAUGAACUGGAGGAGGCCUACAUGGGCGACGUCACUGCACGGCUUCUUGGUGAGCCGUAGGCAACCCUAGUAGUCGAGGACAGCAGCUGAUCGAUUUCUUCUUGACUAUUGAGGUUGAAUGAAACUGAUGAAGCAUGGUGCCUGGCGAUAUUUAUAUUUUUACUUUUUUUUUCAUCCUAACUUGUUACCCUCUAUAUGUUUACAUGAUGUUAAGGUGUGUUCUUGUGGGAGAUUCCAUGCGGCGAUGUCCAAUAUACCGAAUGAUGUUUAGCAAGCAUUCCAAUCAAUUAUGUCUUCUAUUUGUUCGAGCAAUAAA